AUGGCAUUUGAGAUAAAAACAUUUCACAACAAGCAUACAUGUGGAAGGGAUUAUGGAAGCAAUUUGGCCGAUAAGGCAUGGGUCACAGAUAAGCUGGAAAAAAGGUUGGCAACACAGCCUAAGCUAACACCGAGGGAAGCAACGGAGCAUAUGAAACAGGACUACAAUGUUCAGGUCCAUCCAAAAAUGAUCCAAAGGGCUUUGAAAGCAGCCAGGGAAAUUGUUGUUGGGAAUGACAAGGCACAAUAUGGGAAGUUGUGGGAUUAUUUACAAGAGUUGCACAGGAGUAACCCAGGCAGCACGGCUGACAUGUGUGUUGACCCAAUUCCGCAAUCUCUACCGCUGUUUGACAAAAUUUACAUAUGUUUAGAUGCGUGCAGAAAUGGUUUUGUUAAGGGUUGUAGACCACUAAUAGGCCUAGAUGGAUGCUUUUUAAAAGGGUAUUAUGGAGGCCAACUCCUAACUGCAAUGUCACUUGAUGCUAACAACCAUGUAUUCGUUAUUGCAUAUGCUGUUACAAGAGCAGAAAAUACAGAGAACUGGAUGUGGUUCUUAACUCGACUUCAGGAUGAUUUGGGAGACCAUCAAGUGCGUGGAUGGAAUCUCAUGUCCGACCAACAGAAGGGACUUAUGCAUGCUACAAAGGAAGUCAUGCCCUAUGCACACCAUAGAAAUUGUGUGUUGCACAUUUGGAAGAAUCUUCAACAAAAAUUCAAUAACAAGCAGGUAAAGGGACUGUUAUGGCAUGCUGUCAAGUGCACUACUCAGGUGCAGUUCAAAGCAUCAAUGGAGAAGUUUAAAAGUGAGUGCCGCGGAGGAUGGGAGUAUAUGAAUCAAUUUGACCUAGCAGCUUGGUGCAAGGCAUAUUUCAGUCAUGGUCCGAAGAAUGACAGCCUCACCAAUAACAUGUGUGAGGUUCGGAAUUCUAUGAUAGUUGAGGCUAGGGAGAAGCCGAUUCUAACAAUGUGUGAAGAGAUAAGGUGUACAAUAAUGAAAAAGAUGGCCAAGCACAAGAGAAUUUUAGGGAGGUGCACUGGGAAACUGGCACCAGCACAGCAGUGGAGACUUGACAAGCACAUUAAACUACAGAGUCAUAAAUGGAAUGCACAAUGGAGCGGAGAUAAUGACAGGGUUCUAUUUGAAGUUACUAGGGGAAAACACAAAUUGGGUGUCAAUAUCCAACAACAUACAUGCACUUGCAAUACAUGGCAGUUGACAGGGUUGCCAUGUGUCCACGCAGUUGCUGCUAUCUCUAAGUUGAGAAUUAAGGCUGCCGAAGACUUUGUGAGCCCUUAUCUCACUAUGGAUUCUGUGAGGAAAACAUAUGACUUAUGUGUAAAUCUGGUGAACAGCGAAGAAUUUUGGGAGAAGACAAACCAUCCAAAGCCACAACCCCCCAGGAUAGUAAGACCAGCUGGUCGUCCAAAGAAACGCAGGACUGAUUCCGGUGCACCCCAUCCCCCUCCAGUGAUUGGCGACAAAGUGAGAAGAACUUUUCAGGAUACGGCUAGGAAAAACAAGAAAAAAAUGCCAAAGAGGCCACAUGUAGAGCCAGAUGAGAUAAACAUUUCACAAAAUGCCCCAACUGCAGAGGUUCCAGGAAUUGAUGAAACAACUCUAAUGAAUCAGGCCACAACUCAGGCAUCAAAGGCUCAGCCCCAUUAUGCAGCACCAAAGUUUAGGCCCAAACAGAGUGUCAGAAGGCCCCCAGGUCCUCUAGUGCAACCCAACGAACCUCCUCACAAUAUACAAGCCCAACCAGAAGGACAAGGCUUAGAGAGAACCUCUCAUACAAUCUCCAAUGAAACUUUGGCAGCAGCUAGCACUGGGACCUCAUCAAGGCUAUUCAAGUUCAUUCCAACUCCAGGAAUGAAGCCUCCACCAAAAAAACAGUGA